GGUGGCGACUCGCUGGGAGUGGAAGUCGAACUGUUUAGGGCCUUGAAUGCCGGGAUGAAUGCCGGGAAGGAGCGUCUUCGGAGCUGGUCCCGGGGAAGUGCUGGACACCAAGAUGCCUGGCGAACAGCAGGCAGAGGAAGAGGAGGAGGAAGAGAUGCAAGAGGAGAUGGUGUUGCUGGUGAAGGGUGAGGAGGAUGAGGGUGAGGAGAAGUAUGAGGUGGUGAAGCUCAAGAUCCCCAUGGACAACAAGGAGGUCCCCAGCCAGGCGCCAGCGCCGUCUGCCGACCCGGCGCGCCCACACGCGUGCCCGGACUGCGGCCGAGCUUUUGCGCGCCGCUCCACGCUAGCCAAGCAUUCGCGCACGCACACGGGUGAAAGGCCCUUCGAAUGCACCGAGUGCGGCAGGGGCUUCUCGCAGAAGUCGGCGCUGACCAAACACAGCCGCACACACACCGGCGAGCGGCCCUACGAGUGUCCCGAGUGCGACAAGCGCUUCUCUGCCGCCUCCAACCUGAGGCAGCACCGGCGGCGGCACACUGGCGAGAAGCCCUACGGGUGCACGCAGUGCGGCCGCCGCUUCGCGCAGAGCUCCAACUACGCGCAGCACCUGCGCGUGCACACCGGCGAGAAGCCCUACGCCUGCCCGGACUGCGGACGCGCCUUCGGCGGCAGUUCGUGCCUGGCCCGCCACCGACGCACGCACACCGGCGAGCGGCCCUACGAAUGUGCCGACUGUGGCACACGCUUCGCGCAGAGCUCGGCGUUGGCCAAGCACCGGCGCGUGCACACGGGUGAGAAGCCGCACCGCUGUGCCGUGUGCGGCCGCCGGUUCGGCCACCGCUCCAACCUGGCGGAGCAUGCGCGCACGCACACAGGCGAGCGGCCCUACCCGUGCGGCGAGUGCGGCCAGCGCUUCCGCCUCAGCUCGCACUUCAUCCGCCACCGUCGCGCACACAUGGUGCGCCGUCUGUACAUCUGCGCUGUCUGCGGCCGAGACUUCAAGCUGCCUGCUGGUGCCACAGCCACCACUGCGACCGAGCGCUGUCCAGAGUGCGAGGGUAGCUGAGCAACGUGCUUGUCGCCGUGGAGUGCUAGUGUCCGGCUGAGGAGGGUCGGUUAGGGCCCCAACACCCAGUAGCUGAAUUAACCAGGACGAUGAGUCCCCGCCACCCUGGUCCGGGAAAGGGAGGGAUGACAGGACUGGCUGCCUGGAACCUGGGUGACAUGGCGAAUCCCCUACCAGGAUUUCGGGAAACCUUGGCCACUUGUCCCUACUACAAGUCCUCAGCCCGUGUUAGUAAAUAAAGUGUUAUAUACU